AUGGGCUCAUCCAGCAGCAAAAACAGCGACCCCUAUUGGUGGGGCUACAUCGACGACGGUAAGGGCUGGAUGGCGCGCCCCAAAUCCGAGUACAUGAAGACGCCGGCGUACAACAAGCAGCUGCGCCGGCAGAUGAAGCAAGAGUCUCUGGCAAAGGGUGGAAGCGGUCACAUCUCCAUGGCGGAACAGUCUCGGAAACAGUGGUAG